AGAAACAUAUUCAACAUGGACCUUGUUCUUCUCUGUGUGUUCCUGCCACUGGUGACGGUGGCUUGGGGCCAGUAUGGGGAUUAUAACUAUCAACACUAUGACUACGGAGGUAAUGAUGGGUGGGUCAAUGUGUAUCGUCAGGGCUUCAACUUCCAGUGCCCCCAUGGCCAGGUGAUAGUGGCAGUAAGGAGCACUUUCAGCAAGAAGGAAGGCUCUGACAGACUGUGGAACUAUGCAUGCAUGCCUACGCCCCAGAGUCUUGGGGAACCAACAGAAUGCUGGUGGGAAGAGAUCAACAGAGCUGGAAUGCAAUGGUAUCAGACCUGUUCAAAUAAUGGACUGGUGGCUGGGUUCCAGAGCCAGUAUUUUCCAUCUGUGCUUGAUCGGGAGUGGCAAUUUUACUGCUGCCGCUACAGCCGGAGAUGCCCAUACUCCUGUAGUAUGACAACAGAACAGCCAGGACACUAUGGAGAAGAUAUGGACAUGAUGAUGUACACUUAUGAUCAUUACAUCCGAGGAGCAACUACUACUUUCUCUGCUGUGGACAGGGAUCGUCAGUGGAAGUUCAUCAUCUGCAGGAUGACAGACUUUGACUGUCAAUUUCAAAACCUUUAGACAUACUGCCUAUACCAAACUUGGAGAGGCUGGGGGGGGGGGUGGGAAAGGGGCAAUUAAACUCACAAAGAGAGCAUCAAGCAGCACCAGCUGGCUGCUGAAGUUACAGUUCUUCUCCUUUGCCUGUGGAGCUGUUAACCACAGUACCAGCCUACGGCACCUUUUAGUCUAGUAACAUGAUUGCAGCUGCAAACUCGGAGGACGCCCUUGAACGUUAUAUGUGGCUGCAUCUCACAGCUAAAAUGCUUAUGAUAUACACACAUUUUAUUAGCAGUUAUUUCUUUUUGUAUUUAUCCACUUUGCACAUGUGCAACAUUAUUUUGCGUUGCGCCUUUGUGUCAAAUGCCUCCCGUCCCUGAACCACUGCACACAAGGUUAAAAUACAGUAGAAGCUCUCCCGUGUGCACUUCAUUACUCUUUCACGCCUUCUAGUUGGCACACAAUCCCCACUGGUCUCUCCCCACUUCCCAGCGUUUAAUAACUGAGACUGUGCUGCAGAGAGAUUUCACAUUGCCAGGAUCUUGGCAUUGUCCAUAUUGGGGAUUUGCCCCAAUUCCAGCCGUUGGUGUAACUGCACUAGUGCAAAUCCUUUGCGUGGACAGGCAAAGCCACUAUUUGCAUUAGAAGAAUUUACCCCUGUUUGAAAUCAGAGUCACCAGUGCAAAUAGCAGCUUCAUCUGUUUAUAUUAGGAGCCUGAACCUCCUUUAUACUUAGGGGAUACCUACACUUCGAGCUGGGGCUGUGAUUUCCCAGCUUGAGAAGACAUACCGGUGCUAGCUCUGAUCCAGGUAGUGGGCUAAAAAUAGAGCGUAGCAGCAGCAGUGCAGGCCAUCAGAGGGUCAGAAUCCCGGAUGUUCCUAGUCCACAUCAGAGUCCAUGCGGCUACGUCUUCUAGAUUGGCCAUGCUCGCUAGAUUAAAGCUGGUGUGAGUGUGCCCAUACCAGCUCCAGUCACAACCUCCAAGUUCAGUGUAGACAUAGCCUCAGAGUGAUGUUUGGAAAUGUUCACUUUCAAGUGUUCGUUUUCCCUUCCCCAUGUAGUCGGCAGUCCAUGAGCCUACCAGAUUUCAAGAGUGUCGCUCAAAAGGACACUUGUGCAGUUGCAGUCCAUCCAGAUGACCUUCUGAUGACUUCUGACAGAAAGGUCAAAU